CGCGGUCCUCACGUGACCCGGAGCUGCAGAGCUACGCAGCCUUCGGUGCAGUCGUCACUAGCGUCUGGCUACCAGCUCCCCGCUGCCCUGCGCUCGGCGGGCUGGCAUCGGGCCCGGGGAUAGCGGAGCAGUUCGGUGUGGAACUGUUUGCGGCGAGGAGAAAGGAAGGAGAGGAGAAAACUGCACUGGAUCGCGGAGGUCUUCCCAUAGGCCUGCAGUAGGGCUGUUUACCGUUGGAAGCAAGGGAAAGAGGAGGAGACCAAUCUAGAAGGAUGGAGAUCUGCCUGCAUAUCUGCUACAGGGCGUAAGAUCACUGGAAGCAAAGAAACAAAGAGGAGAUUGCUCCUGAUCAGUAUAGACUGGUCCAGAGAUCUCAUGAAUUUAUGUAUCUACUUUAGGGUGUAUUGCCAAGAUAAGCAAGAGGAGAGGAGGGAACUGCCUCGGAUCAUUACAGGUCCACCUCCAGUGGCAGCUAUAGUGGCCUUUGAGUGGCUGAAGACCAGCACCCUCACAGGCCUACACCCACAACUACCACUCUCUUUACCCCAGCCCAAGUGUGCUCUACCAUACCUUGUUCGUGCUUUCAGCAGGGGUGAUUACAUGGGCCGCACUCAGGAAGUGGGCUGGGUGACUGCAGGACUGGUGAUCUGGGCUGGCACCUGCUACUACAUUUACAAAUUUACCAAGGGAAGAGCCCAGAGUGUGAGGACACUUGCCAGAAAUGGAUCCACAGUUAAGAUGGAGACUGUGGUUGGGGUACAGAGCCAGACCUUGGCCAAAAGUGAAGCAGAGAUUAAGACUAAACCCCAGGCUGAGAUUGGAGCAGAAACUGGAACAAGAGGUGGGCCUGGGGCUGAAGUAGAGACCAAGGCCACUGCUAUAGCCAGACACAGAGCCAACUCUCAGGCCAAAACAAUGGUUGAGGCAGAGGCAGAGACUCAAUCUGAGUCCAAAGUGGUGGCUGGAACACUGGUCAUGACAGAGGCAGUGACUCUGACUGAGGUCAAGGCCAAAGCCAGAGAAGUGGCCAUGAAAGAAGCAGUGACCCAAACUGAUGCUGAGGCUGGCAAAAUAGUUAAGAAAGAAGCAGUGACGCAGACCAAGGCUAAAGCUUGGGCACUGAUUGCCAAGACAGAGGCCAAGAGAGAAGCAAUGACCCAGACCAAAGCUGAAACUCAUAUAUUGGCUGAAAAAGAGACAGAGAUUAACAGAGUAAUGGUUACACAGAGUGAGACCUUGGCAGUACCCAAGGAAGUGGUCAAGAUGGGGGCCACGAACAAGACUGGAAUUGUGGAUGAAACCAAGACAAGAGCUCUGGAAGAGACUGUGAGUGUGGCUAAGACUCAGUCUGAGGCCAGGCCUGGUGCCACAGUUGAUGCUAGGGGAAAUCCCAAUGGCAUGUCCAGGGAGGUGGCUGGAGUGGACAUGAAGUCCUGUGCACAGUCUCAGGCUGUCACCAAGAUCAAGGGUGAUGACAUGCCUGGUGCUGGGAUUGAGGACAUGGGGAAUUGCAAAACCAUGUCUAGGGCAGAGUCUGGGGCAGACACGAGGGCUUCUGCUCAGCCUCAAAUUGUUGCCAAAACCCAGACUGAGGCCAUUCCUGGGGCAAAGGUUGAUGCUGGGAAUAACGCCAAUGCCAUGUGUAAGGUGGGGGCAGGGGCAGAUGUGAGAGCUUGUGUACAACCUCAGACUGUGGUCAAGAAACAGGCUGAGGUGACGUCUGGUGCCGGGGUUGAUGGUAGGGGAAAUACCAAUGUCAUAUCUAAGGUAAUAACUGGAGCUGACAUGAGAGCUGCUGCUCAGCCUCAAGCUGUUGCAAGCGCUCACGCUGAGGCCAUGUCUGAUGCCAAGGUUAAGGACAGAGGCAAUCCCAAUGCCAUGACUAAAGCAGGGGCCAGGGCAAACCUGAGGACCAACUCCCAGGUUGAGGCCUUGCCUGAUGCCAGGGAUAAGAGCAGAGGCAAUCCCAAUGUUAUCGCUAAGGCGGGGGAUGGGACAGACAUGUUGUCCUGUACACAGCCUCAGCUUGUGGCCAGUGUUCAGGCUAAUACCUUGUCUGAUGGCAGAAUUAAGGUCAAGGGCAAUGUCAAUACCAUGCCUAAGGAAGGAGCUGGGGUGGAUAUGAAGGCUCAAGGUAUGGCCCAGAGCCAGGGUGAAGCCUUACCUAAUACUAGAGGUAAGGCUAGGGGCAAAGCCAAAGCCAAGUGUAAGACAGGGUCUGGGAUGGACAUGAAAACCUGUACUCAACCUCAGACUGGGGUCAAGACCCCAGCUGAGGCCUUGCUUGAUUCCAGGGUUGAUGGUAGGGGCAAUCCUAAUGCCACUUCUAAAGCUGGGACUAAGGCAGACCAGAGGGCCUGUGGUCAGCCCCUGGUUGUGGCCAAUCCCCAGGGUGAGGCCUUGCCUGGUGCCAAGAACAAAGUCAAGGGCAAUCCCCAUGCUGUGCUUAAGGUGGGGGCUGGAGAAGGUACAGCAGAUUCUGCCCAGCCUCAGGCAGUGGUCAGUUUCCAGGGUGAGGCCUUGCUUGGUACCAAGAAUAAAGUUAAGGGUAAUCCCAAUGUUGUGCUUAAGGCAGAAGUUGGAGCAGGUGCAAUGGGCACUGCCCAGCUUCAGAUUGAGGCCAGUUCCAAGGGUGAGGCUUUGCUUGAUUCUAAGAAUACGGUCAAGGGUAAUUCCAAUGCUGUGUCUAAGGCAGGGGCUGGGACAGAUACAACAGGCUCUGUCCAGCCCCAGAUUGUGGCCAAUUCCCAGGGUGAGGUCUUGCCUGGUGCCAAGAAUAAGUUCAGAGGCAAUUCCACUACUGUGCCUAAUUCAGGGGUUGGGCCGUAUACAACAGACUCUGCCCAGCCCCAGGCUGUGGCCAAUUCUCAGGGUGAGGUCUUGCCUGGUGCCAAAAAUAAGGUCAAGGCCAAUCUUAAUGCUCUGUCUAAGGCAGAAGCUGGGAUGGGUGCAACAGGCUCUGUUCAGUCCCAGGCUGUGGCUAAUGCCCAUUGUGAGACCUUGCCUGGUGCCAAGAAUAAGGUCAGGGGAAAUUGGAAUGCUGUGUCUAAGGCAGGGGCUGGGAUGGAUACAAGGGGCUCUGCCCAGACCCAGGCUGUGGCCAAUUCCCAGGGUGAAGUCUUGCCUGGUGCCAGGAAUAAGGUCAAGGGCAAUCCCAAUGUUGUGUCUAAGGCAGGGGCCAAAGAAGAUACAAUGGGCUCUGCCCAGCCUCAGGUUGUGGCUAACUCCCAGCGUGAGACCUUGCCUGGUGCCAGGAAUAAGGCCAAGGGCAAUUCCAAUGCUAUUUCAAAGGCAGAGGCUGGUAAGGCAGGGGCCAAAGAAGAUACAAUGGGCUCUGCCCAGCCUCAGGUUGUGGCUAACUCCCAGCGUGAGACCUUGCCUGGUGCCAGGAAUAAGGCCAAGGGCAAUUCCAAUGCUAUUUCAAAGGCAGAGGCUGGGGCAGGCAUAAUGGGCUCUGUCCAGGUACAGGUUGUGGCCAGUUCUCAGGGUGAGGUCUUGCCUGCGGCCAAAAAUAAGGUCAGGGGCAAUUCCAAUGCUGUGCCUAAGGCAGAGGCUGGGGCAGAUACAGUGGGCUCUGCCCAGCCCCAAGCUGUCGCUAAUUCCCAGAGUGAGACCUUGCUUGGUGCCAGGAAUAAGGUCAAGGGCAGUACCAAUACUGUGCCUAAAGCAGGGACUGGGGCAGGCACAAGGCACUCUGCCCAGCCUCAGAUUGUGGCCGGUUCCCAGGGUGAGACCUUGCCUGGGGCAAGGGACAAGGCUAUGCCCAGCUCUGAGGCAGAAACCACAGAAGAAGAUGAGGUCUAUGCAAAGCCUGAGGCUCAGGCCAUGCCCAUUUCUGAGAGUGAGGGUGGGUCAGGCACUCAAGCCUGCAGAAAGACUCAGCUUAACAUCCAUGACUACUACUGGAAUGGGAUUGGUGUUGAAGAUUGGAUUGCUGCUGAGCGGUGGAUCAAAUUUAGAUUUCAGACCAUGGAUGGAGACUGGGAAAAUAGCGUGUCCUGGGCUGAUGAUGAGAAUGAAGCCAGUAUUGGGUCCUGGAGUGGGGCUAGUGAUAAGGCUGGGAUUAUUAGGUCUUGGGCUGUGGCUUGUGAUGAGGCCAGUGUUAAGUCCUGGGCUGGGGCCAGGGCUGAGAAUGAGGUUGGUAUUGGGACUUGGGCUAGAGCUGGGGAGCAGGCCAGUGGAGGGCUCUGGGCUGGGGGUCAGCCUAGUGAGGGGACCUGGGCUGGGGACAAGGCCAGUGGAGGGGCCUGGACUGGGGCUGAGAACCAGGCCAGUGGGGGGUCUUGGGUUCUCGCUGGGAAUCAGGCCAUUGGAGAGCUUUGGGCUGUGGGUCAGGCCAGUAAUGGGUCCUGGCCUGGAGGACAGGCCAGUGGGGUGUCCUGGGUUGGGGCAGAGGCCAUUGGAGGGUCCUGGACUGGGGCUGAGAACCAAGCCAGUGGAGGGUCUUGGGCUGGAGCUGGGGCUGGGAAUAUGAGUAGUGUUUCAUACUGGGCUGGCGUCGUGGAUCAGGCCAGUGGAGGGUCCUGGGCUGGGACUAGUGAUCAAUCUGGUGGUGGGUCCAAGCCUAGAUUUGAGGAUCAAGCCAGUGGAGAAGGGUCCUGGGCUGGGGCUGGUGACCAGGCUAGUGGAGGGUCAAGGUUGGGGCCUGAGGACCAGUCCAGUGGAAGGUCUUGGGCUGACACUGCAGACCAAGCCAGUGGAGGGUCUAGGCUGGGCCAUGUAGAUCAGUCCAGUGGUGGGUCCUGGGCUGGGACACUUGAUCAGUCUGGUGGUGGGUCCAAGCCCAUAUUUGAAAAUCAGACCACUGAAGAAGGGUCUUGGGCUGGGGCUGGUGGCCAGGCUGGUGGAGGGUCCAAGGUGGGGUCUGAAGACCAGUCCAGUGGAAGGUCAUGGGCUAACUCUGGGGACCAAAUCAGUGGAGGAUUCUUAGUUGGGGUUGUGGACCAGGCCAAUGGAGGAUCCUGGACUGGGGCUGGGCAUCCUGCUAGUGGUGGGCCAAAGCCUAUAUUUGAGGAUCAGGCCAGUGGCAGAGGGUCCUGGGCUGAUGCUGGGGACCAGGUUGUUGGGGACUCUAGGCUGGGGCUUAGGGACCAGUCUAAUGGAGAUUCCUGGGCUGGCACUGGGGACCAGGCCAGUGGAUGGUUCUGUGUUUGCCCUGGGAGUCAGACAAAUGGAGGGUCUUGGGGUGGGGCUAGUGGCCAGGAUGUUGGAGGGUCUAGGCCAGGGCCCACGAACCAGUCCAGUGCUGGGUCCUGGGAUAGCCCUGGGAGUCAGGUCAGUGGAAGCUCCUGGACUGGGGCUGGGGCUGUGGAUCAGGUUGGUGGUUGUUCCAAACCUGGAUUUGAGGAUCAGGCUAUUGGAGGGGGGUUCUGGCCUGGACCUGGGGACCAGACUGGUGGAGGCUCCAGGCCAGGGUCUGAGGAUCAGUCCAGUGGAAUAGGUUCCUGGGGUAUGGCUGGUGGCCAGGUCCUUGGGGGAGCUAGGCCUGCAGACCAGUCCAGUGGUGGGUCCUGGGCUGGCACUGGGAAUCAGGUCAGUGGAAGGUCCUGGAUUGGGCCUGGGAAUCAGGCUGGUGACUGUUCCAAGCCUGAAUUUGAGGAUCAGGCUUGUGGAGGAAGCUCCUGGGCUGGUGCUGGGAGCAAAGCCAGUGGAGAAUCCUGGGCUGGAUCUACGCCUGGGAAUGAGGCCACUGGAGGGUCUAGGAUGGGAUCUGAGGACCAGGCCACUGGAGGAUCCUGGGCUAGAUCUGAGGACCAGGCCAGUGGAAGGUUCCAGGUCAGUGUUGAGGUGGAGGCCAACGAAGGAUUCUGGUUUGGGCCUGGGGCUGAGGCCGUUAUAGGGUCUUGGUGCUGGACAGAGGCGAAAGCUGAUAUUGUGUCCAAGCCUGAUGAUAAAGAUGAGGCCACUACUGCAUCCAGAUCGGAGGCUGGGGAAGAGGCCAUCAUUUGUUCUAGGACUGAGGCUGAGAACAAGGCUAGUAGUGGCUCUUGGAUUAGAUCUGAGGAGGUGGCUUAUAUGGGCUCCUGUGUAGGGGCUGAGGCUGAGGCUGAGGCUGAGGCUGGGGCUGAGGCUGGGGCUGAGGCUGAGGCUGGGGCUGAGGCUGGGGCUGAGGCUGGGGCUGAGGCUGAGGCUGGGGCUGGGGCUGGGGCUGGGGCUGAGGCUGGGGCUGGGGUUUGGUCCUGGGAUGGAGAUGCAACCACUGUAGAGUCUAGGCUUGGGGCUGGGGAAGAGGCUGGUGUAGAGUCCUGGACCUUGGCUAGGGAUGUGGGAGAGGAUGAGCUAAGUAGAGAGUCCAGCCCCGAUAUUGAGGAGAUCAGUUUAAGGUCUUUGUUUUGGGCUGAGAGUGAGAACAGUAAUACGUUCAGAUCUAAGAGUGGGAAAGAUGCCAAUUUUGAUUCUGGAGCUGGGGAUAACACCAGCAUCGAGGAUAAGUUUGAGGCUGCUGGUGGAGUUGAUAUAGGGUCUUGGUUCUGUGAUGGUAAUGAAAAUACAAAUGAGGACAAAUCUGCAUCUCAGGCUAAAGCCAAAAAGUCAUCUGAGUCAAGAGGCACAUAUCCGUCCAUGGUCCCUGGGGCAGGAAUGGGGUCAUGGGAUGGAGCCAUGAUCUGGUCGGAAACUAAGUUUCCACACCAAAGUGAGGCCAGUUUCCCAGUUGAAGAUGAGUCCAGAAAACAAACCAGGACUGGGGAAAAACCUCGGCCCUGGUCUUGCCGCUGUAAACGCGAAGCUAAUAUGGAUCCACGAGAUCUUGAAAAACUCAUUUGCAUGAUUGAGAUGACUGAAGAUCCUUCUGUUCAUGAAAUAGCCAAUAAUGCUUUAUAUAACAGUGCUGAUUAUCCUUAUUCUCACGAAGCUGUUCGUAAUGUAGGUGGAAUUUCAGUUAUUGAAAGCUUGCUCAAUAAUCCCUACCCCAGUGUUAGGCAGAAGGCUUUAAAUGCACUGAAUAAUAUCUCAGUGGCUGCUGAAAACCAUAGGAAGGUUAAAACUUACUUAAACCAAGUAUGUGAAGACACCGUCACCUAUCCCUUGAAUUCAAAUGUGCAGUUGGCUGGACUAAGAUUGAUAAGGCAUCUGACUAUUACCAGUGAAUAUCAGCAUAUGGUUACAAAUUAUAUUUCAGAAUUUCUUCGUUUGUUAACAGUGGGAAGUGGAGAAACUAAAGAUCAUGUUUUGGGAAUGCUUUUGAAUUUCUCUAAAAAUCCAUCUAUGACAAAAGACUUGCUCAUUGCCAAUGCACCGACAUCACUGAUUAACAUUUUUAGCAAGAAAGAGACAAAGGAGAAUAUUCUUAAUGCUCUUUCACUAUUUGAAAAUAUAAAUUACCAUUUUAAAAGAAGAGCAAAAGCAUUUACCCAGGACAAAUUCAGUAAAAAUUCCCUUUAUUUCCUAUUCCAACGACCUAAAGCAUGUGCCAAGAAACUUCGAGCCUUAGCAGCAGAAUGCAAUGACCCUGAGGUGAAAGAGAGAGUUGAACUAUUAAUAAGUAAACUCUGAUUUGCUGUAUGUUCCCAAACAAAUUUGAGUAACAUUUUGGUUUUGCACUCUGGAAGUAAUGCACAUUGUAAAUUGCAUUAUAACUUCGAAACUGAUGUUACCUAUGAUGGUCUAUAGCCAGACCAUUUUAUGAACACCAAAUGAAUUCAAGCUUGUACUAAAAAUACAUGUGUUGAUUUUUAUCUUGUCUGGAUUGAGAUAUUUUUAGUAUGCUUCAUGAGCAGAAACUGAACGGAUUCUUCAUAAGUAAGGUAAUCUUUGGUCCUUUGUGUGGACUUAUGUUUAUACAUUUAAGACUUUAUUUUUAUGUCAUCAAUAAAGUUGUGUGUUUUAAGCAGCAGAAAAAAGU